AUGCCAUUACCAGCAACUGAUGAUUAUUCAGCUGUCAAGGCUUACUUCACAGCCAAGGAAUGGGCGGAGACCAGUGACUAUGAAAAACUACGUCUCAAGAACAUCAAGGAAAACUACGAGAUGAUGAUCGAAGUUGGACUUGAUGUGGGUCCCCCAGAAUUUAUGCGACCUCGUCGUGGGAGAAAGAAACAGAUCAUUGAAGAGAGCGAUAGUGAAGAUGAGGAAUGGAAACCGAAAAGGGCAAAGAAAAAGUCAAGAGGAACUUUCAGUGCACCAUUUAAAGUUCCUGUCAAACCAAACAAACCAGCUACUAGAAAGAAACAGCCUGUUACCAAACCGCACACUGAAACGUCAAGUACUGUGUACGAUGACGAUGGAAAUCCACUUGAUGAUGCUCAACAUAUCGGAGGAGAACGAAUUAUUGAUCUUCUUGAAUGGAAGGACUAUGAUGAAGCUACCCACACUCAAACCAAUCCAUCAUCAUCAGGUGAUCAGGGAGACCGGUCAGGUGAUCUCAAUACUCAGUCAUGUGAUCAGAAGACUGAGCAAACCUUAGCAAAGUCUUCUCCAGGAAGUGAUCAGACUCCCAAGCAAUCCCAAUCAUCUUGUAUGAAAGUUGGCGGGCGAGCUGGUGGAAAGGCGAGGUCUAUAUCUAAAGCAAGGAAGGCACAACCUCAACCGUCUCCCAGACAAUCUAGAUAUCCUCGUAGAUCUGUGACCCGGAAGUGCUAUAAAGAAGAAGAUGUCCCUGACGAUGAUCAUUAUAUUUAUUGUGAGGACUGUCAUGAGGUCUUUGAGGGCGAGUGUUCCAAACAUCCCCUCACCAUCAUCAAGGACAACCCCAUCCCUAAAGGCUGCAAGGACAGAGCAAUAAAGACUCUACCAGAUGGUCUACUGGUCAAGCAGUCAUCAAUACCAGGGGCUGGUCAGGGAGUCUUUGCCACCAAGUUCAUUCCUAAAGGACAUCGGUUUGGUCCCUACGAUGGUGACAUUGUGGACCUAGAGACUGGAUAUGACAGCGGAUAUUCUUGGGAGGUAUAUUGA